AUGGCGCACUACCUAUUCGGCGAGCAUCGGCCUUUGAUCGGCCGGGAGGAGUUCCUGUGCCGUGGGUACCCCGCCGAGCUGCCGUUGCGUGGCCUGUCGGACCGGCAGAUGAGGCAGCUGGCCGCCAAGAGCGCUCCGCUGCCGCUGCUGGGCGCAGCUUUGGCGGCGUUGCUGUCAAUGGCCGACUUCAGCCACAGUUCGCUGGCAAGCAUCCCGGGCUACCAGCACCUGGCUGCCCAGAUUGGGCACCUGCAGCUGCCGCAGGUGGACUCGGCGGGGUUCGCCCAGCGGGUGCGCAACGAAUUCCGGCCGAUCCAGUGA